AUGGCUGCUGAGAUUCCUACUUCCGUGAUCCAGAAGUUGGUGUUUUUCACCGGGGCUAUGAUAAUCUUUCCCAUUUUCACAUUUUUUGUGUGUCAGUAUUUGUUUAGCAACAACGCUCUUAUAAGUGGAGGUAUAGCUGCAUUAAUGGCGAAUGUGGUGUUGAUAGGCUACGUAGUAGUAGCGUUCACGGAGGACACCUCGCUGUUGGCUGAUGAGAAGGUUGAGACCAAGAAGGAUAUUUGA